GCACGUGGCACAUCCAUGGUAGUAAGGUCCAGAGGCUGGCCGGGGAGCCAGCUGCUGGCCUGGGUGCUGUGGCUGCAGGCAUGGCGGGUGGCAGCACCGUGCCCGGGUGCCUGUGUAUGUUACAACGAGCCCAAGGUGACAACGAGCUGCCCGCAGCAGGGCCUCCAGGCCGUGCCCACUGACAUCCCAGCCGCCAGCCAGCGCGUCUUCUUGCACGGCAACCGCAUUGUGCACGUGCCCGCCGCCAGCUUCCGUGCCUGCCGCAACCUCACCAUCCUGUGGCUGCAUUCAAAUGCGCUGGCCCGCAUUGAUGCUGCUGCCUUCACUGGCCUAGCCCUUCUGGAGCAGCUGGACCUCAGCGACAAUGCGCAGCUGCGUUCUGUGGACCCCACCACAUUCCACGGCCUGAGCCGCCUGCACACGCUGCACCUGGACCGCUGUGGCCUGCAGGAGCUGGGCCCUGGCCUGUUCCGUGGUCUGGCCGCCCUGCAGUACCUCUACCUACAGGACAACGGGCUGCAGGCGCUGCCAGAUGACGCCUUCCGAGACCUGGGCAACCUCACACACCUCUUCCUGCACGGCAACCGCAUCCCUAGCGUGCCUGAGCGCGCCUUCCGCGGCCUGCACAGCCUCGACCGCCUCCUUCUGCAUCAGAACCGCGUGGCCCGUGUGCACCCGCAUGCCUUCCGUGACCUCGGCCGCCUCAUGACGCUCUACCUGUUUGCCAACAACCUCUCCGUGCUGCCCGCAGAGGCCCUGGCGCCCCUGCGUUCCCUGCAGUACCUGCGGCUCAAUGACAACCCCUGGGUGUGUGACUGUCGGGCACGUCCGCUCUGGGCCUGGCUGCAGCAGUUCCGAGGCUCCUCAUCCGAGCUGCCCUGCAACCUGCCCCCACGCCUGGCCGGCCGUGACCUCAAGCGCUUGGCUGCCACUGACCUGGAGGGCUGCGCCGUCGCUGCCAGGCCCUCCCGUCCCUUCUGGACCAGCGGGCCUACUGAUGAUGAUCCUCUGGGUCUGCCCAAGUGCUGCCAGCCUGAUGCUGCCAACAAGGCCUCAGUGCUGGAGGCUGGCAGUCCAGGCUCAGCCGGCAACGCUCUCAAGGGACGUGUGCCACCCGGCGACAACCCACCAAGCAAUGGCUCUGGCCCACGGCACAUCAACGACUCCCCCUUCGGGACCCUGCCUGGCUCGGCUGAGCCCCCACUGACCGGGAUGCGGCCUGAGGGCUCCGAACCACCAGGGCCCCCCACCACGGGCCCUCGCCGGAGGCCAGGCUGUUCCCGCAAGAACCGCACCCGCAGCCACUGUCGUCUGGGCCAGGCGAGCAGUGGGGGAGGUGGGGCGGGCGAUGCAGAGGGCUCAGGCGCCCUGCCCAGUGUCGCCUGCAGCCUGGCCCCCCUAGGCCUCGCGCUGGUGCUGUGGACGGUGCUUGGGCCCUGCUGACCGGCCACGGAUCGCAAGGCCUUUCUCAGCAGUCAGGUGUGUGUACAUAUGGGGUCCCCUCCAUGCCGGCAGCCAGCACCAGGCGGCAGGCCCUCCUUGAUGGACACCUCCCGCCCACCCACCCCAUCUCCACCCCAUCAUGUUUACAGGGUGCAGCGGCAGCGUUUGUUCCAGAACGCCACCUCCCACCCGGAUCGCGGUAUAUAGAGAUAUGCAUUUUAUUUUACUUGUGUAAAAAUAUCGGACGACGUGGAAUAAAGAGAUCUUUUCUUAA